AGAGAGACAGACAGAGAGGAGAGACGCGUCCUGAGAGAGACGGAUUCUGAGAGGAGGGACGGGUCCUGAGAGAGACAGAGGAGAGACGGGUCCUGAGAGACACAGAUUUCCUUUGCCAUCAUGGCAGAGAGCGCCGACAUGGAGCAGCUCCUGACGUCUUUCAAGAAGUUUGCCAUCCACGGAGACACGAAAGCCACGGGGAAGGAGCUGAACGGGAAGAACUGGGCCAAACUCUGCAAAGACUGCAGAAUAAUCGACGGCAAGAACGUCACUGCCACUGACGUGGACAUUGUCUUCUCCAAAGUCAAACAGAAGACGUCUCGUGUCGUCACCUACGAGGAGUUCCAGAGAGCUUUGGAGGAUUUGGCCCCGAAGAGGUUCAAAGGUCAAAGUAAGGAGGAGGCGCUGGAGUCCAUCUACAAGCUUGUGGAAGGCAGAGAGCCCACCAACGUGGGAGUAACGAAAAUGGCGAAGGCGAAGGCGGUAGACCGGCUGACUGACGCCUCCCGCUAUACCGGAUCACACAAGGAGCGCUUCGAUGAGAGCGGCAAGGGCAAAGGUCGCGAGGGCCGCGAGGAGAUUGUGGAGAAGACGGGCUACGUGGGAGCUUACAAGAACGCCGGGACGUACGGCGACAAGAUGAAGACCGAGAAAUAACGGGAAGUAGGGCUCCUCCACAGCACUUAGUCUGGACCGGACAUUGACACCUCUGUGCAUGUGUGUGUGUGCAUGUGUGUGUGUGUGUGCAUGUAUGUGUGUGUGUGUGUGUGCAUGUGUGUGUGUGUGUGUGUGUGUGUGUGUGUUGGAACUUGACACAUCAGAACUGCAGACCCGAUAAACCCGCUGGAUCAACAAUCCAGAGUAUUGGACCAGGGCGGUUCUUCAUGAGUCAGUUAGCUCCGUUCAGACCAGAUUCAGCUUGUUUCAGUGUGAAAACAAGAACCUGCUGCGGCUAACGUGCUAACGUGCUAACGGCAACAUAAAUGCCUACAUAUGAGAUAAUAGAAAGGAUCCAUCGGUGUUUUAGAAAAUAGUAAAUUGGCUGCCCAGCAGGUCAAACUUUAUUUCUACGUCACAGGACAUCUGACUGUCCGUCCUCUUCGGCGCCCCCUCUGGUGACCUUUGGCGUUGUACUGCUAAAUGUCUGUCAGUUCCAGAUCAUAUGAUUCCGUUAAUGUCGCUGCGGUCACAGUAAAUCCCAGAUGUCAAUCAGCUUCAAUUUGAAUGCAAUGUUUUUCUUCCCCUUAUUGUCUUACAUUGCCAUGGCAACGAGACAACGUUGUGGGAUUUCCUUUAUUUCUCAGACCUGCAUGUUGUUGCUUUUUUUAAAACAUUCUACAUCAUCUUGUUCUUGUUCUGCAAUCUGAGUUGUUUUUAAAGUUGAUAUCUGGAUUUGAUGGGGGAGCAGAAACUGGACUUUAGUUACUUUGUUAAAUAAUAAUAAACAAUAAAGGCUAAAUGCAUUUUCUCUCUUGAA